AUGCAGGAGCCAAUCUACGACUCGAGUCGCCCCAGGUCGGCACUCAACAUCGUCUACCAAUACAAGCUAGUCAACUGCCCAGGCAAAAGCAUUGUCGGCUUGCGCGUCGAGUUCCCUCCGAAUGGCUCUACACCUCCGCACCGACACGGCGGAGCGUCUGUUUCCGCAUACGUGCUCAGCGGUAGGGUUCUGAAUAAAAUGAACGACGACCCGAUGAAGACGAUCGAGACUGGAGGAACGUGGUACGAGGCUCCCGGCUGCCAUCACCGAAUUAGUGAUAAUGCUAGCAAGAGUGAGCCGGCUAUUUUGAUGGUCACUAUGGUUCUGGAUACAGAUGUGCUGGAGCGAGAUGGUCUGGAUGCGCUUAUUCAGAUUGAUGAGGAGUAUCGCCUAGAUUAA